UCUCCCUCACUUUAAAUUUCACCAAACACUCAAAAGACUUGACUUCAAAAAUCCGCCGUCGGGAGCGAUGAACCCCGAGUUUCUUGAUAUCUCCACGCGAAGCUACGCGGGCGUCAUUGAUGGCUCGGUGGCGGCGAGGGUUGGGUCUCCUCCGUCUUCGGACAUGGAGGGGUCAGUGUACUGCGUGGAGAAAAUCUUGAAUUACAAUUUCAGAAACAAGCGGCUUCUAGAAGAAGCGUUGACGCACUCUUCGUUCCCCGAUGCGGCGUCGUAUCAGCGGCUGGAGUUUAUCGGCGACGCGGCGCUCGGACUGGCUUUGUCUAACUACGUGUUCUUGGCUUACCCGACGCUUGAUCCAGGGCAGCUGUCGCUCAUACGCGCCGCCAAUAUAAGUACCGAGAAACUCGCCCGCGUGGCCGUCAGACACGGGUUGUAUCAGUUUGUGAGACAUAAUGCGGCUGCUGCUCUUGAUGACAAGGUUAAGGAAUUUGCUGAAGCAGUGAGUCUAGAAGAAGAUAAUACUGCUGUGUAUGGCGGAUCAAUGAAAGCACCAAAGGUUCUGGCUGACAUUGUUGAAUCUAUUGCAGCUGCGAUUUACGUAGAUGUUGAUUUUGAUCUCCAGAGAUUAUGGGUGAUCUUUCGGGGUCUUUUGGAGCCAAUUGUAACCCUUGAAGACUUGAAACAACAGCCGCAACCAGUUACGCUUUUGUUUGAGCUUUGCCAGAAACAAGGAAAGCAAGUUGAUAUCAAGCACUGGAGAAAGAAGAAGAGAAAUAUUGCUAGUGUAUACGUCGAUGGUGAGUUUAUUGCCUCUGGUUCUUCUGAGCAGAAGGAAAUCUCGAAGCUUAAUGCUGCAAGGGAAGCUUUGCAUAAGUUAUUGCAAUCUAUGCCGGUUGAUAAUGGUGGGAUGAUUGAAAUUUUGAAUGAUAUUGAUGGUAAGUUCGAGAUUGAAGGAGCUAAACAGAAGUUACAUGAAGUCUGUGGCAAAAAGAAGUGGCCGAAACCAAACUACAAAACUGAGAAAGGAGGUCCUUCACAUGAUAAGAAAUUCGUAUGUUCAUUCAAAUUGCAACUGUGGAUGGUACUCUUCAUAUCCAGAAGACGAGAAGUCGAGAGUAAGGGUGCAGAAAACUCUGCAGCUUCCAUGAUGAUCCGCGCUUUACAUAAGUCUAAUUAUCUUUGAUUCCACUGAUCGGUAAUAAACGAUAUCAUGUGUUAUUGUCUGGUAAUUUUUGCAUCUUCUUCGUCAUUAAGUGUGGGUGAAUUGGGGAAAAAACAUUCUUUUUCUGAGCAGUAUCAUUAAAUAAAAAAAUGAUAGAGUUACUGAAAGUUACGCGCCGAAUUUGUGCACGAAAUAACGUAGCAAAAUCCUGACCGUGAUACU